CAUGGCCGCUUCCAGUACUGAAUCUAAAACCUGAACUUGCACCGGACAAAUUUGCCGCUGAAUUAGUUGAAUAACUCCAGGUGUGAAGACCCGUGUACUGCUCCAUCAUAAAACAGAGAAUGGAAGACUUCAAGCCAUACCCUACGCAGGCCAAGGCUGACGAUCUACUCCCGGCACAGCUCAUGGUGUCCGACCACUCAACGGACUCCCCUACACAGCAGCAAGUCAGGUCCAAACCAGACCAGUCAACGUUCGAUGUCAUUAAAGCCGUCCAGUAUGGUGCCCUCGACAGAGUCAAAGAGCUGGUGGAAAACGGGUUGGAUGUACAGGAACCAGACAAGGAGAACGUAACGUUACUCCACUGGGCUUCCAUCAACAACAGAUUGGAUAUUGCAAAGUAUCUGAUAAAUCAAGGUGCAAUAAUCGACCAACUCGGGGGUGACCUCAACUCAACGCCCCUUCACUGGGGGGCACGGCAAGGCCACCUACCCAUGGUGGUCCUGCUGAUGCAAUACGGGGCUGAUCCAUCGCUACGGGACGGUGAGGGGGUCAGUGCCAUUCACCUGGCAUGCCAGUAUGGACACACGGCCAUCAUUGCGUACCUCAUCGCUAAGGGACAAGAUCCAAACAUGCUGGACGGCAACGGGAUGUCUCCCCUCAUGUGGGCAUGCUACAGGACCUUUUCUGUGGAUCCAACCCGUUUACUGCUGACCCUGGGUGCCAGUCCCAACCUACAGGACAAACACUACCAGAAUACUGCCCUCCACUGGGCAACAGCUGUGGGUAAUACCGCAGCAGUCACUACGCUACUCCAGCAAGGCGCAGAUAGCUUCAUUGAGAAUAGCAGGCAUGAAACCCCAUUGGAUGUUGCCAUGUCACGACGUAAUGGCUACAUUGCAAUACGCAUCAAAGAGAACAGAGGUGAAGCGUCUACUGGUAACAAGAAAGGCAGCAAGGUUUUCCGUCAGUAUGUGAUGUGGUGUUUCCCAGGGACCCUGAUGAUCUUAGCUGGUCUGAUUCCAGACCUCAGCAUCCCUUACUCUUACAAGUUUGGUCUGGCUCUCAUGGCCAUGGGAUUGGUUUAUGUUUUACUAAGGUUUUUUGUUGAUAAUCGUGCAACUAAAGUUUUCCCCAUAGCCACUGCUGUAUCUACUAAAGUCAUCCUUAAUUUUACUUUCUUCGCCUAUUUCUGGCCUUAUCUCAGUGAUUUUUGGUUAAAGAUCGGGUUUGUAUUAAGUUCGUUUUCCAUGUGUUGGUCCUUCUGGAAGUGUUGGCGGUUCAACCCAGGAGUGGUCAAGAACUCACAAGAAGACCAAAAGAGGACAAUAAUCGAGCUGGCUGAGACUACCGGACUCAACAUCAGCCAGUUCUGCACGACCUGUCUGAUAAAGCGACCAAUCAGAUCCAAGCAUUGCUCAUCAUGUGACAAGUGUAUCGCGCGAUUUGACCACCAUUGUCCAUGGGUAGACAACUGUAUUGGUUCUCUGAAUCAUCGCUACUUCAUCAUGUACCUGGGAUUUCUGCCCCUGGCCGCGGUGUUCUACCUUGUCGGCAACGCAAUGUAUUGGCUCGAGUCCUGCAACACCUCCUUUGAAGAGAAUGGGGUCUGGAUAUUCAUCGGUGAGGUCAUGUCUUGUUCCCCAUGGACAUUCAUCAUGAGUCUACAGGUUGCUGUCUACAUGGUUUGGGUCGCCAUGCUGUUUGUUUGUCAGUUUUACCAGGUGAUCUACCUUGGUGUUACGACCAAUGAGCGAAUGAACCAUGCAAAGUACCAGCAUUUCAGAGAUCCUAAGAGACCUAAAGGUCCAUUCAGGGAUGAAAACCUUUUUAAUCCCUUUCAUCGGGGUGUUUUGCGCAACUUCGUUGAUUUCUUUGAGUGUACCUGCCUGGGUCUUUGUCGACCAAUGAAAGUAGACUGGGGCGCCCAGUUCUCAACGGAUCUCAGCCAAUCGGGUGCCACCAACUUUGUCAGCACCAACAACAGAGAGAAUUACCAGUUUGUCUGAUAGGUCAAAGGUCAGGGUUUACUUCCUUAUUAAGAAAUGACUUGGGUCCAUUACGGGAAAAGCUCCAUUAAAGAAUUUCCGAGUUUGGCCACAAAAACUCGGAAAGUGAGUGAGUGUUUUUAAUUGAUGAGCAGUUAAUUAUCCUGGGGCAGUCAGCAGCCCUCUUAGUUUGUUCAUUAUCAAGUUAAGUCCAAAUGUUCGGAAAAGGAAUUACUUGGAGAUAACGGGUGUGAGUUGUCAGAUGGAGAAGAUGUAUCAGUAAUGGUCAAGAAGGAUCUCAGUCACCCAAAGAGAGAGAGUGUUACAUUGAAGUUCUCGGGUCAUGACUCAAUGUAAUUAAGUCCACUGUUUGAAAAAGGAAUUACAUAAAGAUAACAGGUGUGAGUUGCUAGAUGAAAAAGAUGUGUCUUAUGACAUGUAUGAGUCUCUUUCUUUAAUGGAGCUUUCCUGUAUGCAAAGGAAUGUACAUUAUUUUCUUUCUCUUUUUUUAUUGAUGCGAUCUUUCAUGUAAAUCCAAAAGUCUUCGUAAAAAUUGUAACCAAGCAACUAUAUAUUAGAUGAAUCAAGGGGGUAAUUUUACUUUAUAUUCAAGUUUAUUCUUCACUUGGCAUCUGCACAAUGUACACAAGUUAUAUUUUUUUUUAGUGGACGACAUUUUGUGCAUGUUGACCUUUGACACAGGACGCUGAAAAGAUGCGAUGUCAUGACUCCUGAAUUUUUUUUUGAGGGAUAUAACCUCGCACCGUCAGAUUAGAAAGCCACUUCAGAGUGAGGGCUACAUUUAAUGGACCAAUCCAUUAAGCGCGUCCCCAUUGCGUAUACACCAAUCACAACCCAAUGCACAACCAAAAGUCAAACACUGUAAAGACCGACUGUAUGUUUGGCACGCACGGCAGAGUUGUGCAGAAUGACAUAGGAGAGGCUCCUGUGUUCUUGCCCACACGGGCCCCGUGGGCGGAGCCUAAUGGAUCGGUCUAUUUAUUUGGGCUAUCAACCCAAAUCAACCGUCACCAGGGGACAAUUGCAGAAAAUAUUUAACCCACGGAGCGGCCGAGGGGCGCAAGCGGAAUGACCAGCUUUGUACAUAUUUAUUAACUACAAAACGGAUCAAUUCCGCUGAUUGUUGUUUUGAAUUACCCUUAAAGGCAAUGGACACAUUUGGUAAUUGUCAAAAACCAGUCUUCUCACUUGGUGCAUCA